UAAACCACGCGAUGGGCGUGGUAGUGGCGCAUGCCGACGCGCUGAAACUUGACACGUUAGCAUGGGCGAGAUGAAUCAACAGUCGAGUCGAGUUUGUGAAGCGCCCAGUUGGCCAGUUGGCGCCGUCACAGGUCAGAAACGCUGUUCUCAAGCUUGAUUGAAGCUUUGGACUUGCUUUGUGUCUUUGCCCCGCCAUAGAGCAUCGAACACCCCGCAGUCAAUUCAAGCGAAGGGGGCAGCAUCUCGGCGCGACCAGGUAACACGAACCCGCGACAAGGACGACAUCAGUUCGCGCUCAAUACUACCGCCUUCAUUUAAAUCACUCGACCAAGCACAGCAAAUUAUUCCUUCGCCCAGGCAUGGCUGAACCCGCGCCGGUCGGCCGCGAGGUUGUUUACUGCGGAGUCUGCACUCUUCCACCCGAGUACUGCGAAUACGGAGGCACCGUGAGAAAGUGCCAGGAAUGGCUCGAAAAGAACCACCCAGACCUCUACCAAAGGAUAUGGUCUCCUGAGGCCCUCGAAGAAGCGACCGCCUCCCUCUCAGUCGAGGCCAAAGAACGCGCGGCCAAGGACGCAGCAAAGAAAGCCGCCAAGGCGGAGGCAGCAGAGAAAAAGCACGCCGACCAGCUGGCCAAGAGCGUCGUGACCAUCAAGCGGAUCGAGCGCAACAAGCGCAAGUACGUGACAGCCGUCAGUGGGCUCGAGGCGUUUGGGCUCGAUUUGAAAAAGGUGGCCAAGGACUUUGGCAAGAAGUUCGCGACCGGGUCGUCCGUAACCAAGACACCGAGCGGCGGGGAGGAGAUUGUAGUGCAAGGCGAUGUGAGCGGGGAAAUUGAGGAGUUAUUGCUGGAAAAGUAUAAAGACAUUCCCGAGGAUAAUAUCGAGUUGGUGGAGGACAAGAAGAAGAAGGCUGGGGCGGGUUAGACAACCAGAACAAGGGCCGCGUCAUGGGUAGCCACGGAUGUGAUGGGGCAAGUACUCGGAGUUUGCCCAUUGAACACGUUUCGAUGCAUUGGAGAACAAUAAAACAAACAAGCCUCCCGUUGUCCCCUUGUAGGGCGACGCGCUCAUCUCUCA